ACAAUUAUCCCCAGAAAGUUCUUUGUUGGGUUGGAUCAAGAUCAAUCGAAGACGCGCAAAUUAGAGUCGAUCUCCUCGUAGGGUACUUGAUCCAGACACUAUAAUCUGUAGCGUCCACAUUAUAUUACACAAACAAGAGUGUGCGAGGAGGUAGAAUAGAGAGAUUUAUCAUGAAUAUAUUCAGGUUAGCUGGGGACAUGACCCAUUUGGCCAGUGUCCUGGUUCUGCUCCUUAAGAUCCACACAAUCAAGUCUUGUGCUGGCGUUUCUUUGAAGACUCAAGAACUCUAUGCUCUUGUCUUUGCCACCCGCUACUUGGAUAUAUUCACCAAUUUUAUUUCAUUUUAUAAUAUUAUGAUGAAAUUGAUAUUCUUGGGCAGCUCUUUCUCUAUUGUCUGGUACAUACGACGCCACAAGAUUGUUCGUAGAUCCUAUGAUAGGGAUCAAGACACCUUUCGGCAUUUUUUCCUUAUCCUGCCUUGCCUGUUCUUGGCCUUACUUAUAAAUGAGAGGUUUACUUUCAAAGAGGUAAUGUGGACAUUUUCAUUGUAUCUGGAAGCUGUUGCCAUACUUCCUCAGCUUGUAUUGUUGCAAAGGACAAGAAACAUUGACAACUUGACUGGACAAUAUGUUUUUCUUCUUGGUGCAUACCGAGCAUUGUACAUAUUGAACUGGAUAUAUCGAUACUUUACUGAGGAGCAUUAUGUCCAUUGGAUAACUUGGAUAGCAGGGCUUGUGCAGACAUUACUAUAUGCUGAUUUCUUCUAUUAUUACUUCCAGAGCUGGAAAAACAACGUGAAGCUUCAGUUGCCGGCUUGAGUGUUUCCAGGCGUAGGGUAGGAUUGCAAGUCAUAUACAUGGCUAUGUAUCUCCAUUAGAUAUGAUCUUCAUUUUCGCUUUAAGAUUAUCAUCCUCUUUUUUUUCCUUGGAAGGAAGGGGGAGAGCCCUAAUACCUCCAAAUCAUCUGUCACCAGAAAUUUAGUACUUUGAAUGAAAUUGUCAGUGUACUGAUUUCUACAGGAUUUUCUUUUUCUUUUUCUUACUGGUCAUGCCAGAAGUUUUAUUAUUUGGUGAUGUAGAAAAACUAUUCUGCAAUUUCUGAUGCAUAGAGACUGGAAUUACAGUG